CAGAGGACACCCACACACAAGAUGGCCGCCGCCUGUGGACGUUAAAUGUUGUCAAACGUCAGCGUGACCCAUUUGUACUGGUUCAACUUUAUAAUAGCGGCCGUGUUAAGCGACUAACAAGGCCGACAAAGCUACUUACAAACGGCGACAGCGAUGUUCCGAGGCGUGCGGGUCACCCGGCUGCUGGCGCCCAGACAGGCCGUGCUGGUGGAGCCGCAACGCGGGCGAAAGUCGCGCACCGACCCCGUGGCCAAGUCCAAGCAGGGGCGAGUCAAAGUGCCUCCCCCGGUGGACCCGGUGGAGAUGGUCGUGCUGCGAGAGAGAUAUGGCGACUACAGGCUCAUCAUGAGGGCGCUGCGUGUGGAGUUCAAGGAGGAGGUUCUGCGGAGGAAGUACGAGGAGGAGACGGGCUCCAUGGCGGAGGAGCGAGCGCGGCAGGAGGCGGAGGAACACCAGAACCUCAUGGCCUUCAACUGCCAAGAAAACCUGCGCCUGCUCCAACUACGACUUGUGAGGAUCCAGAAGGAAACCGAAGAGGCGGAACGCAAGAAGCUGGAAGAGGCUUUCCAGCGAGAACACCAACAGCAAGAAUUCAUCAAGCAGAAAGAGGAGGAAAUAGCGCAGUUGCAGGAGGACUCAAAGAACUUCAUCACGUUGGACAACUUGGACCGACGCAUCGAGGAAGCGCUGGACAACCCGAAGAAUUACAAUUUUGCUGUGGACAAGAAGGGCAGAGUUGUCAAACAGACAGUUUUGCACUGACAACAUGGGACAAAAAAUACCAGCAAAGUGGAUUUUGAUGCAUCCCCCCCCCCCCC